AUUGGGCGCCCGGGGCGCGGGGAGAUGCUGAUCCGGAAGAGGCAAUGGCUGCAGUGCCGCGCGCGCGGCCGCUCCCGGCCCGCCGUCCGGCCUGGGCUGCUCUGUCAGAGUUUCUGAUCUAGCGCGACCCGGGCCCGGAGCCUGUAGCAGCGGCGGCGGCGGCGGCGGCGGCGGCGGCGGCAGCGCGGCGGCGCCGGCAUCGUCCUAACUUGCACGCGCGGAGUGACCCCAGACAUUUCACUAAAAUGAGCGUGCUUAGCAGGAAGAGAUGUGUUCCUUACACUAGAAAUUACCCCGUCACAUGUAGUGGUGUCCCAAUUAAUGGAUUCUGACAUGGAUUAUGAAAGGCCAAACGUAGAGACCAUCAAGUGCGUUGUGGUGGGAGACAACGCGGUGGGCAAGACCAGGCUCAUCUGUGCCCGGGCCUGCAAUGCCACCCUCACCCAGUACCAGCUGCUCGCCACCCAUGUGCCCACGGUUUGGGCCAUCGACCAGUAUCGGGUGUGCCAGGAGGUGCUGGAACGCUCCAGAGAUGUGGUAGAUGAUGUCAGCGUCUCCCUCCGCCUCUGGGACACCUUUGGAGACCACCACAAAGAUCGUCGCUUUGCUUAUGGGAGAUCCGAUGUGGUGGUUCUGUGCUUCUCCAUUGCCAACCCUAAUUCCCUCCACCACGUCAAGACCAUGUGGUACCCAGAAAUCAAGCACUUCUGCCCCCGAGCACCUGUCAUCUUGGUGGGCUGCCAGCUGGACCUGCGCUAUGCUGACCUGGAGGCUGUCAAUAGGGCCAGGCGACCCUUGGCUAGGCCCAUCAAGCCCAACGAGAUCCUUCCCCCAGAGAAGGGCCGGGAGGUGGCCAAGGAGCUGGGCAUCCCCUACUACGAGACCAGCGUGGUGGCCCAGUUUGGCAUCAAGGACGUCUUUGACAACGCCAUCCGCGCAGCGCUCAUCUCCCGCCGCCACCUGCAGUUCUGGAAAUCCCACCUCCGCAAUGUGCAGCGGCCUCUGCUGCAGGCGCCCUUCUUGCCUCCCAAGCCGCCUCCCCCCAUCAUCGUGGUGCCCGACCCCCCCUCCAGCAGCGAGGAGUGCCCCGCCCACCUCCUGGAGGACCCGCUCUGUGCGGAUGUCAUACUGGUGCUGCAGGAGCGGGUGCGCAUCUUUGCCCACAAGAUCUACCUCUCCACCUCCUCCUCCAAGUUCUACGACCUGUUCCUCAUGGACCUGAGUGAGGGGGAGCUGGGGGGCCCCAGCCCAGAGGACCACCGGGGUCACCCUGAUCACCAUCACCACCACCACCACCAUGGCCGGGACUUCCUGCUGCGGGCGGCCAGUUUUGAUGUGUGUGAGAGCGUGGAGGAGGGCGGGGGCUCUGGCCCUGCUGGGCUCCGUGCCUCCACCAGCGAUGGGAUCUUACGGGGCAAUGGAACAGGGUAUUUGCCCGGGAGGGGUCGAGUCCUGUCUUCCUGGAGCCGAGCUUUCGUGAGCAUUCAGGAAGAAAUGGCAGAAGAUCCUCUGACGUACAAAUCCCGGCUGAUGGUGGUGGUAAAAAUGGACAACUCCAUCCAGCCAGGGCCCUUCCGGGCUGUUCUCAAGUACCUGUACACCGGGGAGCUGGACGAGAAUGAGCGCGACCUCAUGCACAUCGCCCACAUUGCUGAGCUGCUUGAGGUCUUUGAUCUGCGCAUGAUGGUGGCCAACAUUCUCAACAAUGAGGCGUUCAUGAACCAAGAGAUCACUAAGGCCUUCCAUGUCCGCCGGACUAACCGGGUUAAGGAGUGCUUGGCAAAAGGCACCUUCUCAGAUGUGACCUUCAUCCUGGAUGAUGGCACCAUCAGCGCCCAUAAGCCCCUGUUGAUUUCCAGCUGUGACUGGAUGGCCGCCAUGUUUGGGGGGCCAUUUGUGGAGAGUUCCACCAGGGAGGUGGUGUUCCCCUGCACUAGCAAGAGCUGCAUGAGGGCGGUGCUGGAAUACCUCUACACGGGCAUGUUCACCUCCAGUCCCGACCUGGACGACAUGAAGCUCAUCAUCCUGGCCAACCGCCUCUGCCUGCCGCACUUGGUUGCCCUCACAGGUACACGGGGACCCCUCUGGGGGAGAAGCCAGGGAAACCACCCCCCCCAGGUCCUGAUUUCUCCUCUCACCUGCCUCCCCCCAGGGGACAGGCUGCGAGCACCGAGGGAAUGUGUUGACAUAAAGUGAAAUAUGUCGAUGCGCAUUGGGGUUUGGGUGAGGACAUAGAUGUAAAGAAGCACGUGUGAGAGACAGGAUGGUGUCACAUGAUAGGCUCUCCGCAAGGGGUUAUGGGCCCCACCAAGCGGUCUCCAGUAGAUGACAGCGCUGGUGUUCCAUCAGCUUCGCUUCAGCGGGGCAAGCUUAAGUCAAGAGGAAUAGAGCGCCAUUCCUCAUUGCUCCCCUUUGGUUCUUCACCUCCUCCUCUGCCUUUUUUCUUCCUUCUCAUCCUUCUUCUCUUCCUCCUCCUCCUCUUCCAUCUUCACUUUAUCUCUCUUCCAGAAGCAGACAAUAAACAUUGACCUCCCAUCCCUAGUUCCUUGAAAAGACCAUGAGAGCUGGAGCUCAGCUUU